AUGGUUGAAAAACAACCACCGGAAUCUUCUCGGUCUCUGUCUCCAGGACGCACUCCGAGUGAUGCAGGCUCUUCUGUUCAAGUCCAUGCGGACAAUGGAAGCACCAGCGAGCCACCUCUCCGUGAUGACUUACUGAGAGAUCUUAUUCAUUCUUACGAUACCCACCUCGUCAGCACUGCUUCAGUACCCGUCAGCCACAGCCUUAAACGUCCACAUGAUGAGGAACCCACAGACACCGAGCCCCUAGCAAAAAGAGACAGGCUUAUCGAAGAAUUAGACCAGAUGGAAUCCAGUGGGAGUAAAGCAGCCAUUGAGUCCUUACAGACCAGACAAACAGAGAUCAAUGAGCACGGCGAUCCGGUUGCUUCUACUCGUGCUGAGAACACAAUACCAACUUUAGAAGGGCAUACCAGAGUCGUUCUACCGAUAAGGUCCUCCACGAAAAGACAGACCAGUCGGCAACAAAGCGGACAUACAACCGCACUGCUUGAACAACAUGGGCAUGCGGAAACAAACUCGGAGAAAGGCACCUGA